AUGACAUGUACUAAAUCUAAAGAAGAUAGAUUAGUUGAAUCUAUAUUUAAUCUACCUAAAGAACAACUUGUGAAAAUACAAGGCAAACCUAAAGAAGUAUUGAAAUUAAUUGAAUCCAAAGCAAUAGAAUUAAGAUUAUUUAUGAAUAUUGGACCUGCUAAAGGUAAAGUUGUAGUUGAUCAAAUCCGAAAACUGAAACCAAAAAUAAUGAUUGAAUUAGGGGGAUAUGUUGGAUAUAGUGCAAUAUUAUUUGCUAAAGAAUUAGUUGGUGAUCCUGAAGCUAAAUAUUAUAGUUUUGAAGUCAAUGAAUACUAUGCUGGGAUAGCUAAUCGGUUUAUCCAAUUGGCUGGGUUAUCAAAUAAGAUUGAAAUUAUCUUGGGGAAGGCAUCAAAGAAUUUGAUUCAAUUUAAAGAACGUAUUCAACAAAAUGAUAAAUUUCGGGCAAUUGAUUUCGUCUUUAUUGAUCAUUGGAAAGAUAUGUAUGUACCUGAUAUUAGAGUACUUGAAACUCUUAAUUUGAUUGCUCCUGGUACAAUAAUUGCUGCUGAUAAUAUCCUUUAUCCUGGGGUUCCAGGAUAUGUUAAAUAUGUUCAAGGAUCUCCGGAAUAUAAGAGAUAUCAUAAUAUUAGAGUUAAGAAUGUCAAUGGUAAAGAAUAUACUGGUAGAUGGAACAUAUUACAAUGUGUCAACAUUGUCCAAUCCGGAUUAGGCGAUGAUCCAUCCUUAGACUAUGACAAAUCCCAAACCAGAAAGCAAGGUGAUGAUGAUUCAGUACCAUACAUAAUAAAAGACACAUUCAUUAAAGAAACACUUGAUUUCUAUAAAAUGUUAACCAGUAUGCAUCAAUUCAUAAAGGAAAUAAAAUCACCUUAUUUAGCCAUAAAUGAUGAUUCAAACGCAGUAGUAGGAAGUUUAUCAAUUCAAGAUAAGAAUAAAAUUGAUGAAGAAUUUAAUGUCAAGAUUCAACAAAUGUAUAAAAAAUUAACUCAUUUAGAAACAUAUGAAAGUAAACGACAGGAACUUACAAAUAGUAUAUCUGGUGGUAGUAGUGGUGGUGGUCAUAGUCAUGGUGGUUGGCUUGGAAGCAUACUUGGAGCUGAUGAUGAACCUAGUGAUCAAGAGAUUUAUUAUACCACGAUGACCAUUCAUCGAAAACAGAUAUUACGAUUCUUGAUGGAAACUUUAAAUCAUGUUAAUAAAGAAUUUGAUGCUCUUCAACAUAAGAGACUUACAAGAGAGAAACAAUUGAAUUUAUUAAAUUUCCAGAAUUUCCUUGAGGAUGAAGAUUUGAAUGAUGAAUUUGCAGAUAUAGAUCAAUAUUCAUCAACACAAUUGGCAGCGGUACAAGAUGGAGAACAUAUAGAACAAGAACCAAUAUCACAACAACAAUUACAAGAAUUGGAAUUAGAAAACCUGGAAUUCCUAACUAUGAAAACUAAUCAAUUUCAACAAGUUGAAAAGGUUCAAAAAUCAAUUCUUGAUAUUAUAAAUAUUCAAAAUGAAUUAUCAUUUAAAUUGACAAGUCAAGGAGAAACAAUUGGGAAUUUAAUGGAAACUCAUCUGCAAGUGGAAAUAGAGGUUGAAAUGGGGAAUAAAACAUUACAAAAGGCAACUAAAAAGAAUAAAAGAGGUGCUAAUUUAUUAGUCAUAUUAUGUGUAACGCUUGGAUUCUUUAUACUUUUGGUAGAUUUUAUAUCAUUUUAA